GUAUUUAAACCCUCCGUCUGAGUGGGUGAACACACACAACAUGCAGCAGAUCUACAGACACAGAGACGAACAUCUGGAGGUGUACACCACCGUCCUCUCCCCACAAGCUCGCAGGACGAGGACGAGACAUGUGGAAGCAGAAAAGCAGGUGGCGGUGGUGAGGAUCCAGUACCGGGCACGCUGGCCCAAGGAGCUGGACCUGGACAAGGGGGACCUGAUUCAGGUUCUGUUUAAAGAAGAAGAGGCCUGGUGGUUUGGGCGAUCAUCCAGCGGAGACGAGGGUUACUUCCCUGCAGCCUGCGUGGAGCCGCUGCAGGGCCGAGCAUCCAGAGUCACGCCCACACUGCUGAGGAGGGGGUCGGUGCCGAUCAUUGUACAGAAAGGUAGCGCCCCCUGUGGCUGCACAAGUGGUCGCAACACUCCUAAACUUCUGAGGAAGGACAGCGUGCAGCGGAAGCUGGAAGCAGCCGAACCUCCGGCGCCAGCCGGGUCUGCGGCCUCGAUGACGCCGCAGCGUUCCCGCAGCCUCCUCCACCGAGUCCUGACCAAGUCAAGGAGGAAAAGCUGUCCACACCUGCCCCAACCGCGCCUGGACACCAGCUCCGUCAACACCGCCUUCCAGCCAGACUAGACCAGAUUGUCCUCAUCCACAUCCAUUCCCAGCUCAUGGAAACGAGCACAGAUUUUAGUUUCUUCUCAUUUUUGUUUAUUCUGGAUCCUGAACGUGGCUGGAAACUGUUUCAGAGACUGAACCAUAUCUGGUCUCGAGUGCAGGUCCCAACUGCUCAGAUAACGUACCCCAGCUCAGAUACUCCCCUGGGUCAUCCUGGAGUCGGAUGAGGGGACGUCCAAGAUCCACAACAGGUCAACUCUGAGUCACUGAGGUCAUGCCAAAGUCCAGGUCCCACGAGCGGUCUGAUCCAGUCCCAGGGUCACUGAGCUCAUCCAGAAACGCUGCAGCUGUGUUUACCAGGAGGUGCUGCGGCCUGAGUUUCUGCAGUCCAGGUCCAGGUCUUUCAAGAGGCUCUGUGGUCCAGGUCCUUCUGGUGGUGCUGGUACCUGAUUCAGCAGAAACAGAGAAUGGUGGUUCCUCAGGACAUGAAAGAAACGCCACAGGACUCACAAAGGAAUCCCAGUCAAGACCCAGAGGAAACCCUGUGAAGCCUCGGUAGAGUCACUUCGACUAUGUUCACACUGCAGUUCCCAAGUGACCCAAAUCCCAUUUUUUGCUCAUAUGUGACUCAGAUCUGAUUUAUUUAUGACAGUGUGAACAGCACAAGUAACAUGGAAUCUGAUCUUUUCAAAUCAGAUUCAGGUCGCUUCCAUAUGUGGUUCUAAAUCGGAUACAGGUCUGAUGUUUUGCAAUGCGACCUCAGUGUGAACAGGCAGGUGGAAUUAAUGCGACUUUGACGUCACUUGAGAGCGACCGUUGUCCUAAUACUGCGCUGGCGGGGGCGGGAGUCACUCGGAAGUCACUCGGAUUAUUAAAAAUGCGGCUUUCUUUCUCCUCCUUCUCCUCUUCAUUAACACUUGCUCACAGUUUCGUCGGCUUCCACCACACAACAACUUCAAAAUAUACCCAUGUACGCUCACUUCUGUUGCCUCCAUGUUUACCGCUGUAUGACGGCGUGCUGCGUGUGACGUCUUUGUUAUUGUUCCUCUGCGCAUGCGGGUCAGUUCAGGGCCGCGAUGCGUUCACACUUGAUUCUGAUAUAGGACACAUUUUAAAAGAUAAUGUGAACAGCCACACAAAAAAAUCGGAUAUGGGAAAAAAUCGGAAUUGAGCAUUAAGGCCUGCAGUGUGAACCUAGUCAGAGUCCCUGUUAAGUGUCUGUGGAGUGCCAUCCAGACUAGACCAUCUGUUCAUCUAGUCUUCAGCUGGACCUAGCGGGACUCCGCAGGGACACCACCGGGACCUCCAGAGUCCCAGUAGAAUCCCUGCCAGACUACACCAGAUUCUACUGAUCUAGUUUCCAGUGGACACUGCCGGGGCUUCACAGGAACGGUCUUCAGGUAAGGCCGGUGAGACCAAGGAAGAAUUCUCUGAUGUUUUGGAAAUCCAAAAAGGAUGACAGGGUCGGUCUUCAGAGGAGUUUGCGUGGGACAUGUUUUUGGACCGGUUUCUGAAUGAAAUCAGACUCUGAACCUGUUGUGGAGAGAUGGUGAGACCAUGACAGAGAACACCUGAGCUCCACUUUCACAUCCAUUAAUCUCACGACGUCUCACGUCGUCCAAUGAUGUCAGGUCAUGUGACAUUGUUACACAUGUACACAAAUUCCUGUAACAAAUUCAUCCCAGAAGUUUAUUUGCAAAACAAGUGAAAUAAAAGAACCCAAAAACAAUAAAGUAAAAGAACCAACACAUGUGGUCCGUGUUA